CAGAAGCCUAACUCCCAGAACUCCGCACAAGACAUCCGUCAGAAUGCAUCUCAACUCCCUCUUUAUCCUCUUCGCGACCACAGCCCUAACAGUCACGGCGCACCCCGGCCCGCACAAACCACUUCCCCCCGCAGCCCUCCACCGCCGGACCGAGCUCCUCAAGCGCUGCCCCGGCCACGCCGCCACCUUCAACCAGCAACGCAUGGCCGCGCGCGACGCCCUCACCAAACGCUGGGCCGACGAGCACAAUCACAACGCAACCUAUGAGAUCCAGACCGAAGCCCCCUUCUAUGAAACCAUCCAGAACGAGACCUGCGUGCUGACCCCGGAAGUGACCCGGGGUCCCUACGUCUGGCCGCGCUCGCAGACGUUCCGCCAGGACAUGACAGAGGACCAGGUCGGCGUGCCGCUGUGGCUGGACGUCGGCGUGCUGGACAUGGCCACGUGCGCGCCGAUGCCCAACGCGCUCGUGGACUUCUGGCACUGCAACGCGACGGGCUCGUACUCGAGCUUCACAGGUCUGUCGCCGAACACUCCCUUUGAGGAGUUGUUGAGUGAGCUCAAUGUCACGGGCUAUGACCUGAGGACGACGGAUCUGCAUACUGAUGACACCUCGUGGCUGCGCGGGAUGUGGCCGACCGAUGAGCGGGGGAUCAUGGAGAUGAAGACGAUUUUUCCGGGCUUCUACGUUCAACGAGCGAUCCACAUCCAUGUCCAGGUGCACACGGACUGGACGUUGCGCGAGAACGGGACCAUCACCUCCAGCCACACGGUGAGCACGGGCCAGAUCUACUUUGCUGAGGAGCUGGAGCGCGAGAUCAUGGCGCUCGAGCCGUACGUCUCGCACACGCAGAUCAACCGCACUACCAAUGCGGAGGACUCCAUCUUCUCGCAGGAUACUGCGGGCGGAUAUAACCCGGUGGUCUCCGUGGUGCCGGCUGACGGCAAGGACGUGAGGAACGGGAUGAUCGGGUAUAUUAUGAUCGGAGUUGAUACUUCGGCAAUUGAGCGGUUUAGCAAAGGGGAUGUGGAUUAUGGAUUGUGAG